AUCUCGACUUGAAAUUCCGGUUUUCUCACUAUUCAGACGACAGUUAGCGUUCAGUAGUCAUAGAUCCGACUAAAGAGAUCGCGCAACUAUCGUGACAACUAUCAUAAAAGACGUGCGGUAAUUUGAAAAAGUAACUUCAAACUAAAGUAUGAAACGCGUUAUACUCAGUCUCGGCAAAUGAUUUAUAAUCUCUCCUUGUUAUCGUUGUGAUAACGUCACUCUGUUUAUCGUCAACGCUCGUCAUAGCGCUUUGUAAGCAUGUUAAAGUUUUAAAACCUAAUUGCUGAAAAAAAUGUUAGUGGUGUGACAGUGCAAUUACAUCAGUUCAAGCUCAAAGAGAAAAUUGCGGCGCAAAUCGAUGCCCAUUAGAAAUUCUCGAGAUGAUAAGCGAAAUCACGUUUCUGUGAUAAAUCGUGUAACGAGUAGCGGUAUAACAGAAGUUACAGAAAUCAACUUAUAUAUCCCGGUAUUGGUUUUAUCGUCGCUUGAUCUCGACGCCUUUCAGUUGGAACUGUCAGUGUCGCCAGUGUCGAAGCCGUUUAGGUUACAUACAAGGCAAAUACAUAACCGAUUUGCUGCACGUAUAAUCUUGUAGCGAACGUGAUUAAAAAUCUUGUCGAUAUCGUAUUCCGACUUCUUUCGUCAUGUCUAAGCGAAUGACGAAAUCUCUGCUAACUAAAGAAACCAGAGAUUAUUUUUUAAGCACACACUUCUGGGGUCCAGUAUUCAACUGGAUGAUACCUAUAGCGACCAUAUCCGACACGCGAAAGCAUCCGAAAAUCAUUAGCGGCAAAAUGACUUUAGCCUUGACCCUGUAUUCCCUGGUGUUCAUGCGGUUCGCUUGGAAAGUACAACCGCGAAAUUUGUUGCUGUUAGCAUGCCACAUCACAAAUGCCGGGGCCCAACUCACGCAAGGUUACAGAUUUCUCGAUUAUCACUACGGCCAGCAGAAAGAACUCGAACAGAGUAAGUGA